AUGGCCCGCCGCACCGCCUACACCAGCAGCCUGGCCCUGGCGGCCACCCUCGCCCUCAGCGUGCUGGUGGCGCGGGGCGCGCGAGGCCUGGAGCUGCGCCAGGUGACGCGGCCGUACCUCCACAGCGAGGGCCCCAGCUGGGACCGCGCGCACAACGGCCUGCUGUUCGUGGACAUCGCGGGCGACUCGCUGCACUUCUACGACGCGGCCACGGGCGGCGUGCGAGGACUCGCUUUCGAGGGGCCGGUGACCCCCGCCAUCCAGCUGCCCGGCGGCACGCUGGCCGUGGGCGUGGGCCGCACCUUGCAGGAGGUGGACUGGGCCGCGUCCGGCUUCGGCGCGGUGCUGGCCUCGCGCCCCGCCGUGCUGGCCACGGUGGACCAGGACAAGCCGGGCAACCGCUUCAACGACGGCGCCGCCGACAGCCUGGGCCGCAUGUGGAUCGGCACCAUGGGGCCCGAGCCAGUGGUGGGGCAGGUGACUCCCAACCAAGGCUCGCUGUUCCGCAUCACGAGGCGACGCAGCGACGCGGACCCGCUGUGGUCCAGGCUGGUGGACCCGAGGGGGCACAGAGACACAGACGGCGGCGCGGCGCUCGUCACCACCGCCCUGGCCAACGUGAGCAUCUCCAACGGGCUGGUCUUCAACCGGCGGGAGACGCUCAUGUACUACAUCGACACCCCGACGAGGCGCGUCGACGUCUUCGACUACAACUUGGCGGCGGGCACCAUCGCCAACAGGAGGCCGGCCUUCGACCUGGCGGCCAACAACGUGGAGGGCAACCCUGACGGCAUGGCCAUCGACGCGGACGACAACCUGUGGGUGGCGUGCUUCGGCGGCAGCCAGGUGAUCCACGUUGACCCCCGCACCGGGCGCCUGCUGCGGCGCGUCGCCAUCCCCGCGUCCCAGGUGACGGCCGUGGCGCUGGGCGGCCCCAGGGACGCCCAGGGCGGCGACACCCUGUACGUGACCAGCAUGCGCAAGGGCCUGUCCGAGGACCAGCUGCUGCUCGAGCCCAACGCCGGCGCCGUGUUCGCCGUCACGGGGCUGGGGGUGCGCGCGCAGCGCAGGCCGUGAGGCGUGAGGAGCGCCGCCUCGCCCAGAAUCUCCACAAAGACUGCUG